AUGCUUCGUUUGAGUGAAAAAAAAAAAUCACGAACUUUUAUUGAAUUUACUUCUCUUAGUUUCAUCAUGUUUUUUCUACUAUUUCCCACCAAAACAGAUAAAACUAUGUCAAAUACCAUUCCAUUCAAUAAAAGGUACAUCUAUAAUUUAGACCCAUCCAUCCUUGAAUCCUUACAGACCCUAUACUUUGAUUCAAUAACUUUUGAGCAGAAGUCGUAUGAGGAAUAUAUUUCACGUAGAAAAGAUGAGAUUGAAGACACAACAAACGUACAAAGGGCCGACUUGUUUACCAAACCGGUCAUCGUUCGGCCAAAAGCGAGGGCUAGUAUAAGUCAAGCAUUGUCGAAUUUAAGUACUUCCAUGACUGAAAAGCAACAAUUGGAGGAUAGUUCAUCAGAGGGCGAACUAAAUGACAGCAAUACCGAAUCAGAGUCAGACAUGGAAAAUGAAGAUGAGAGUAGAGGUGAAGAAUUGUACAGAAUAAGUGAGAACGUGGAUGAUGACCAUCAAUCUACAAUCAGUUUUAUGUCUACCAAGUCUCCUAUGAUUUUGUUCAAGUCCCCCAUAAUUGAAGAUGAUAACAAAUGUUUUGGUAUUUACAAGGUUAGUAUAAAUGCCAUUGAUUCACCAAAUUUUGACCCAAUCUCAACUUUAAGGAAUAUAACAUAUAACACCGAAAAUACAAUACCUAAGGAUCCUAUACAAGCUGGCAUGUCUGCUAUUUUUAUGAUGUCAUCGGGUCAUUUUGCUGGUGCAAUUAUUUCUCAUUUACCACAUUCCACAAAAGGUAAUAAGGGCACGGCCACCGAGCUACACAUGCAAUCAGUAAGGAUGCUAGCCCAUAAAACCUUCCACAGAUAUACCACUCGUAGAAAGCAAGGAGGUUCACAAAGCGCAAUGGAUGAUGCAAAGGGUAAGGCCAAUUCGGCUGGUAGUACAUUAAGACGGUAUAACGAACAGGCACUAGGAAAAGAUAUUGAGGAACUAAUGGAGGAGUGGAAACCUUUAUUGGAUCAAUGUACUUCUAUCUAUAUAAGAGGCUCAGGCAAAGGUGGUAAGAAUGCUAGAGGUACAGGUUUAAUUGUUAGGGAUUCCAAAGAUCCUAAAGCGAUAAUUAAAACAGGCGACAAACGUGUCAAAUUCAUUCCUUUUGCGACAAAGAGGCCAACUACAAUGGAAAUAAAACGGACCUGGUGUGAGCUAUCAUACCUACAUGUUGUUGAUGUACCUGCUAUCUCUAAAACAGAAAUUGAAAAAAAACGCAAAAGAGAAGAACUGUUGCAAAAAUCCAAAGAGGAGAGUCAUGCGGUUGAUAAUGAGCUUGCGGACAAGAUUAAGCUGAGCAAUGAUUUGAUACAAUUAUUAAAAAAAUCAAAGGCUCCUGCACUGAUUGCAUUCAUGAAAAAGAACCAAUCCAAAAUUGAUGUUAACUUCAGAUUGCAACCUGCAGAUCAUUAUGAAACCAAUCCAACUUUGUUGCAUUAUGCAUCUAGAAAAUCUCUCCCAUUUAUGGUUCAAACACUUAUGGUACAGUUACAUGCGGACCCAACAAUUCUUAACUCUUUAGGUCAAACUGCAUAUGAGAUCGCUGGCGAUAAAGAUACUCGAUAUGCCUUUAGAUUUAGUAGACACAUUCUUGGUGAACAUAGUGGUAUUUCAUGGAUUGAUUCAGGCGUUGGGUCUGCAAUGACAAAAGAUGAAAUCGAGCUAGCCAAGUCAAAGGACAAACAACAACAAGAAGAGAUUGCAGAUGAGGAAAAGAAAGAAUUAAAGAAGCAGCAUAAUGCAAUAGUGCAAGAUUUCCGAGAGAGAGAACAAUCAAAAGCUAAACAUACUUCUACAAUUACAGGGCCUGGAUUACUUAGAGUAUCCGAAGAACAGAAGCUAAGCGGAUUGUCAGAGGCGCAAAGGAUGAAAGUAUUGCGAGAACAGAGGUUCCGUGCAAUCGAAGCAAGGUUGAAGAGAGCACAGUCAUGA